AUGAUGAGAUGUUUGAGAGCGCUCCUGGUUCUCUUGGCCGGUGGAGGUAGUUUCAAUCUCCCAGCGGUUCGAGGUAAAACAGUGGCAGAUCCUAACUUGUGUCCAAGCUACAAUUCACAACUAAAUUCUCCUUUUCUUACCAGUUGUAAUCAAGAUUUGAAUAAAUGCGUCUUUCACUAUUUUGAUGAACAAUAUGCAUUUUGCCGGUCGUGCGUCAUCGUAAAUAAUGAAACUAUGGAAGACUCAAAUAAUUGCAGAUGUCUGCAAUGUGCUUUAAGUUCCCUUAACAAUAGUUGCUUCCAGGACUACUGCACUUCAGGAGAUGAGUAUAAAAAACUGCAGAUAUUUAUCGAGCAGUUUCAAAGAGUAAUUGGAGCGGUGGACAAUGGAGUAAGUUUAAAGUCAAGAAAUAAUAAAUUUUCAAGUAAGAAAUUGUCUUAUUUUGUCGAUCAAAACCACACUGUUUUCAGAAACCCCUUGCCAUUCGAGAAAACCCAAUUAAUCUCUGCAUUGUUAACCUCUUUAACGAAUAACCAGAACCGAAAGGCACCACUUGACAUCUCCAAAAAAGUCGAUAUGCAUAGUGAAACUCAACGUUUGCGUAAGAGAAGAAGGACUAAAAAAAAAUCACCAAAAACACCUGAGAAUGAAGAUGAAGAUGAAGACGGAAAUGACUGCGACGCACCUGAUGGGAAGCAAGAAAACAGCAAGCAAUGUUAUGAAAGUCUAGAAAUGAAUGAUGAAAAAUGUGGUGAGACUUACGAUGAAAAUAACGGUGGAGAUGCCGAUGACGGCGAUGAUGAUGAUAAUCGAGAUAUAUCUACAAAGCACUCAUUAUUAUACACCAUAACCGAAAUUCAUACGACCUGUCUUCCUAAAGAAAAAAAAUUAACCGCAAGAAAACCAAGGGAAUUUUCAAAGAAUUAUUUGGUGAGUGAGUCUCAGAGCACGAAAACAAUAACCACGGAUGUUUUAUACAAAACAGAUACUGAAACCGAAACAAAGACCACCCUGAUCACCUCAACAGAGGCAAAAAGAAGAUGGCUUCCGAGGACAGCAACUAUAACGACUGUUGCCGUUAGAACCGCCGUAAGUACUACUACUACUACUACUGCAAAAGCGAUUUCAACAAGUUUGUUAAAAACUGUGGUUAAUCCAGGAAGGUUUAAGAAGGUAACUGGAAUUAAACUUGGUCCUCUUAAUGCCAGCGAUGAGGCUGUUCCGCCACCCAAUAAGAGAAUUGAACGAUCAGUGGUAGGAAGAAAUAGGAUCUCUGAUUACAAUAUUGCUAGUACGCAAACCAAUUUAAUCUCUACAGCCACCUCGCAAACGCCCUCUCAAGCAGAGUUUAGUUCCGGUCAAUAUAUAUCGGCGGCCUCUCAACUAGAUAAAGAGAUUUUCAUAUUCACUGCUAUUACAGUCUCAAUUACUACUCUAAUGAUGCUGGGAUUUUCUUACCGGUCGCGAGUGUCCUUUGGAGAAUACAGUAAUGAUGAAUCAGAGGACGAUGAAGAUUGGUCAGAUGAAGAAGUUGAACUUGAUGAAGAGGAUUUUUAUUCUCUUCCCGUAAGCAUACCAGAAAAGGGAAUCAGUUUGGAUAAAAUGGCACAACAACUUGGUGUGGAGUAA